ACAAUUUUCUAAUAGGCUUUGAACAACCUCCGGUUGUUCUCCCAUGGUCUAAUCUAACUUCUUUAUCUCUAGACAAUAACAAGCUGCAAGGAUCACUCCCAAUUCCACCACCAUCUAUCCAGUAUUAUCGAGUUCAAAGGAACUUGAUAAGAGAAAUGUCACCGUUGAUUUGCAAUCUCAGUUCACUUUAUUACCUUGAUUUGUCCUAUAACAACUUGAGUGGCAUGCUUCACUCAUGUUUAGGAAACUCCAGUUCUUUGGAAAUACUUCAACUUCGAAGCAACAACUUCCGUGGCACCAUCCCAAAAACAUGGGCAAAGCGAAGCAGCUUAUGGAUGAUUGAUUUAAGUGAAAACCAAUUACAAGGUCAGCUUCCCAGAUCAAUGGCUAACUGUAUGAUGCUACGAUAUCUUAAUGUUAGUAACAAUCAGAUCAAUGGCACCUUUCCCUCCGGGUUGGUUUGCAAUCUGAGUUCACUUGAAGUACUUGAUUUGUCCUAUAACAACUUGAGUGGAAAGCUUCAUCCAUGUUUAGGAAACUUCAGUCCUCCUUUGUCAAUACUUCAACUACGAAGCAACAGCUUUCAUGGCACCAUCCCAAAAACAUGGGCAAUGGGGAACAACUUAACGGUGAUUGACUUAAGUGAAAACCAAGUCCAAGGUCAGUUACCAAGAUCCAUGGCCAACUGUCUGAUGCUUGAGUAUCUUCAUGUUGGUAACAAUCAGAUCAAUGAUACCUUUCCCUUUUGGUUGGGAAUUCUUUCUCGGUUGAAGGUUCUUGUCCUCCGUUCUAAUGCAUUCCAAGGUUCAAUAAAGAGUUUUGAAAUCAACGAUACAUUCCCUGAGUUGCAUAUCAUUGAUCUCUCUCAAAAUAAUUUCUCUGGAAAUUUGCCCACAGAGUAUUUCCGACAUUGGAAUGCCAUGAAAGUUGUUGGUGCAAAUGAAUUGAAAUACAUGGAGGUGAAUUCUAGAAGAGAUGGGUUUGGUAGCUCUAUCCAAUGCACAAUCACAAUUUCAUACAAAGGCAUAACGUUGAAAUAUGAGAAAAUCCUAGAUGUGUUUAGGGUCAUUGAUCUCUCAGGCAAUAGAUUUGAUGGCGAAAUUCCAGAACUUGUGGGGAGUCUUAAAGGACUUCAUUCGCUAAAUCUAUCCAAUAAUGCACUCAUUGGUCAUAUCCCACCAUCUUUAGGGAACUUGACAAACCUAGAAUCAAUGGACCUUUCCCAAAACAAGUUAUUUGGAGAGAUACCAGCACAAUUAACCCAACUCUUUUCUCUUGAAUAUUUCAAUGUCUCCAACAACCGUCUCACAGGAGCUAUACCACGUGGAAAUCAAUUCGACACAUUUCAAAAGAAUUCAUUUGGAGGUAAUCCAAGAUUGUGUGGAAGCCCGCUAUCAAAGAAAUGUGGAGAUUUCAAUUACACUCCAACUCCACCUUAUCCCUUCGAAGAGAAUCAAUGCUCCUCAUCUCCAUUUGAAUUUGGGUGGAAAGUGGUUGCCAUAGGGUAUGGAUGUGGAUUUGUUAUAGGAGUUGUUAUUGGGAAAAUUGUUAUUACAAGGAAGUAUGGUUUGUUUGUGAAGAUUUUUGGAAAGAUGUAGCAAACUCAAAAAAUGGUGACUGGAGAAGGCCAUAAAUUU